AUGAUGGAGCCCAAGGAAUCCAACCCCCGCACAGACAGUCUCAGUCUCGAGGCCCAAACCUCCAUUCCCUCUGAUCAACAGUCUGAUGCCAGAAUUAUCCGCGAAAAGAACCCACCAGCGGUCGAUGGGGGCCUCCCGGCGUGGCUGUUUCUGGCAGCCUCUACAAUGCUCGAGGCUAUUGUGUGGGGGUACGCCUUCGCUUUUGGAAUCUUCCAGGACUACUACAGUACUCACGCACCCUUCCAAGGAUCGGGGAAUAUUGCUGUGAUUGGGACUUGCGCCAUGGGCAUUGCCUACCUCGUUUCCCCGUUAGUCAUUGUGGUGAUGAUUUUAUUUCCGUCAAUUGCUCGCUGGCUGUCGACGGCAGGGGUCGUUGUUAUGUGCCUAUCGCUGGCACUGAGCUCGUUCUCGACAAAUGUCACCCAUCUGAUCCUUUCCCAGGGAAUUGGGUUUGGGACAGGGGGUUGUUUUGCGUAUACACCAUCAAUUUUGUUCCUAUCGGAAUGGUUCUUCAAGCGAAAGGGACUUGCCUUUGGGAUUGUCUGGGCCGGGUCGGGGUUGUCCGGUGUGAUUUUCCCGUUAGCUAUCCGAUGGCUCUUAGACAAGUACGGCAUCCAGGCUGCGCUGCGCGUCUCGUGCGUGGCACUUUUCGUUCUCGCAGCACCUUUCCUAUACUUCCAUCGACCACGACUGCCGAUGUCCGAAACUGCGUGUCAGCAUCGGCUCGAUUUCCGGUUUUUAUACAACAAGGUGCACAUCAUAUAUCAGCUUGGCAACGUCGCCGAGGCACUUGGCUACUUUUUGCCCGCAAUCUACCUGCCAAUGUACGCGCGUAGCCUGGGAGCCAAUGAAUUGCUAUCUUCGCUCACAGUGACCUUGGUCAACUUGGCAUCCGUAUUUGGCUGUGUGCUGAUGGGAUUUCUUUCGGAUCGGUAUCAUGUCACGACUUGCAUUUUGAUUUCCACUGUCGGCACCGUGAUAUCUGUCUUCUUUCUGUGGGGGUUCGCCGUUACCAUCCCACCACUCUAUGUCUUUUGUAUUACCUACGGCCUCACCGCCGGCGGCUUCUCAUCCACCUGGUCCAGCGCUUCGCACGAGAUUCAACGUGCCAGCCCAUCUGCCGAUACAGCUGUCAUAUUCGCCUUCAUGGAGACCGGACGGGGAAUCGGAAACGUGGCCUGUGGUCCACUCAGCGAGGUCCUACUCAAAGGAGAUGUCUGGCGAGGACAUGCAUGGGGCGCGUAUGGUAGUGGGUACGGCACACUCGUGGUUUGCACUGGAACCACCGCGCUCGUGGGAGGGUUGUGUGUGGUGGCCCGCCACCUCAAGUGGGUGUGA